AUUGUUAUUGUUAUUAUUCUGAUUAUUAUUGCUUUGUUGUUUAUGUGGAUUUAGAAAUAUAUUGUUGGCGAUCCCGUCAGAGAGGCUGACAAUUGUCGGACUUGCAGUGGUGGGUUUCUUUAUCGGAGGUUGAGUGAUAACGGGUCGAUUCGGCGGACGUAGAAUGAUAACGGGCUGAUUCGAAGGACGUUGAGCGGCAACGGGUCGUUGCAGAGGAGGUGACAUGGUGUACAUGGGCGGUCGCGUGUUUUGUGAAGACGGCAAAAAGAUAUUUUCAAACGUGUUCAAAUUCUGCGGCGAACUAACGGAACUGUGCGAAAGCGGCAACACAUUUGGCGGAUACAAAGUGUGCUCCAGCUCAAUGGAAGUCACGAUUUGGCCAGUCGCUAAAACGAAAUACGGUCUGUUAAAAUAAUUUUUUUUUCUUUCAAGAAAAAAGUAAUCUUCCAAAAAAUAGAGGAUAAUCCUAAGAUUUUUUUUCAGGUAAAGAUAAUAAUGAUUUUUUUAAUGAACUUUAUAUAUUAUAAUUCUCCGUUUGUUGACGCAAAGCUAAAUUAUUUCCUUGAAUUAUGAACAAGAUUGCGCUUCAAACUUGACGUGGAGAAAAUUGGAGAACGUGUAAAUCUUGCGACUGUAUUCUUGAAAUUUUGUAUACAAAACAUUAAUAUUGUUUCUUAAAACAUAUACUCACCGCGAGAACCUGAACAAUAUUGUUGAUGGUUAAACCAUAAUCCGGUCAAUAAUGGCAACGGUUGACGUAAGGGAAAAUGAAGAUGAUACAACAAAGGUCUACCCUGUUGAACUGUUCGAACGGAUUCCUCUUUCGAUUGCGCCAAUUCCAAUUGACCGACAUAGUUCUGAAAACAGAUUUAAUUUCUAGUCAUAUAAGUGUGAUAUACUAGAAAUUACUAAAGAUGAUUCAUCAUACAUUGAUGAAAGCACUAUUGUUUCUUUCACAUUACUGAUAAUGAAGAAUGCGUUUACCGUCGACAAACCAACGGCGAUGCUUAACGCCACUUUCAGAUGAAGUUCGACGUUUUUUGGCGGGGAUGGGAUUUGGAUCUGAGCCAUCACUUCGUUCGUCGCAGGAUCGCUUAUAUACAUGAAGUAUUCAGGACAUGGAGAUUGUUGCCCGAGUACUUGUAGCAGCAUGCAAAGUAGCUGCGACAGCAACGCAAUCAAAAUAGGAACCUUGGCCAUCGUGAAACUCUGUCGCAAACACAACGAAAUGGAUACACAUGAGAGAGAAGAGAGAUUUUGGAGUAUUACAUAUAUAACGAAUAAGACAGUUAAUAAUAAGAGACUCCCGAUGACAUUUAAUAUAGGAAGCUAAAAUGCGAAGUUAAAAUUAAGAAGAGAUGAAAAAAAUGAGAAUUUUAAUGACAUUAUUUACUUUGUCAAAAUUCGACCAUCAAUUUCUAUCCAAAAAUGUCAAGUUAUGUCAAGAGAUAUCCGCUUUGGAUAAAUAGAUGGUUUACGCAAAUGUAUGCAAAUCCUGACCAAAUCCUCGCUCAACAAUAAUGAUACGCAUUCCGGAAUAUUUUUAAUGAUUACCAGUUACGUUUUCAAUUGAUGACAUUUAAAAGGAGAACAAUUUCUAUAUAUGAUGGUGGAUUAAAGUAUCUUAUUUCUAUCGUACAUUCUGCAAGCUAUACAUAUAUUCACCAUGCACCUUGGUCGUUUAGCAGUCGUCGAACUGGUGAUAACCGGUCAAGUUUACGCACCGCUUCAUUAAUCAACGGAUUUAAAAUUCAGAUGAAAAUCUAUGCGAUUUCGAACUGUCUGCCUUCACUUUAUUAUUGCAUUAUUGUUUUAUUGAUUUUUUAUAUUAUUAUUUUUUAUUUUAAAAUGCUGUAUACUACAUCUUUUAUGUCUAUUUAUCACUAAUAUAUGCUGCGCGCACUGUUUGUUAUCUGCUUUGUAUUUGAUAUUAAUGGGUUUCUCCCAAUAGGUUGCAACGAGCAAUUACAAAAGUCUAACGGAUUAAUCCUCGCAGCUUCGACCCGGCGAUCUUCGCUCUUCGUCGAGACAUCAACUGACCAGUUUUGCUGAAACGUCUUAAUGCUUACAUUUUCCGCGCCGAAGACACGUUCUGCAGUGAUUGAGGUAGUGGGGCACCUCGAGUCGAGGCGACUGUGAAUCGGAUCGUCAUUCGGCGGUUCUUCUUUGCGAUGCAGAGAAUCCUGGGCCGAUGAACGCAACAAGGAAAAUAGAGAAUAAGCAUAGCAUUCUCUUCUCCUGGACAAUACGCGACGCAAGCAGGAAGACUGGAGAAACCGCAUACGUAUGUCCAAUGAGUCAUGGAUUUCGAUAGCUUCGGCUAUCAUCAAAGCGAAGCUGAAGAGUUAUUACUUGAAUGACAUGUGUAUAGUUACAUAAUUACAGCUUACAACAGAAUUCUCGGAGUGAACCUCGUCGAAUCCGCGGAAAAAUGGAAGAGGAGAUGGAUGUCGCGAACGAGAAAGAUGUUGCGAAGGCUUAUCGGGAGAAGGCCGCGGAUGACAUCGAGGAAGAGAUGACGGGGAGCGAAAUGGAAGAUGAAGUCGAGAAAAUCGACGAGGUCGGAUCUGACGACGACGAUGAAGAUGACGACGACGAGGAGGAGGCGGCCGAUGAAGCAGAGGUAAAAUCUCUGCAAGCUAUCCUGACAGAGAAUCCGUACGAUUAUGCAACCCACGUAGCUCUGAUCAACAAGUUGCACAAAAUGGGCGAGCUGGACCGUCUAAGAACCGCCCGGGAUAACAUGAGCAACAUGUAUCCCUUGAGUCCUGACCUCUGGUUGUCCUGUAUACGGGACGAGAUCAAGCUGGCGGUCACUCCGGAGCAGAAAGCUGAGGUGGUGAAACUAUGCGAGCGAGCUGUCAAGGAUUACAGUUCUGUAGACGUGUGGCUGGAAUAUCUGCAUUUUAGUAUUGGAAAUAUGGGAACAGAAAAAGAUGCGGCUAAGAAUGUUCGCGAUCUCUUUGAACGUGCACUGACUGGUGUUGGAUUGCACACUAUUAAAGGGGCGAUAAUAUGGGAAGCGUUUCGAGAAUUUGAAAGUGUUUUAUUCACAUUGAUCAAUACUGCAAAUAUGACAGAGAAGAAGGAACAGUUGGGACGUAUUGCCAAUUUAUUCCGACGUCAAUUAGCAUGUCCUCUUUUAGACAUGAAGAAGACUUAUGAGGAAUAUCAGUCCUGGCGCACAGGAGAUGGUGCAGAAGCUGUUAUCGAUGAUAAGAUUGUAUCGAGAGGAUACGAACAGGCUUCUGCAAAAUUAAAGUUGCUUAUUCCAUAUGAAGAAAAGCUUAAUUCUGCGCAAGGGGAAGCUGCAAGUGAGCUUGAUGCUUACAAAGGAUACUUGCUACAUGAAAAACAGCAGGGAGAUCCAGGCCGUAUUACAGUUCUGUAUGAAAGGGCAGUAACUGAUCUAAGUUUAGAAGAGUCGAUCUGGAUGGAUUAUCUUACCUAUCUGGAAGAUACAAUAAAGAUCGAAUUUGUAUUAGAUCCAGUUUAUCAAAGAGCAUCGAGGAACAUUCCGUGGUGCUCGAAAGUUUGGCAAAAAUGGAUAAGAUCGUACGAAAGAUGGGAAAGACCUGUAUUGGAAGUACAAAAGUUAUUGGAGAAUGCCUUGUCGAAUGGCUUCUCUGUGGCAGAGGAUUAUCGAAAUCUGUGGAUUAUAUAUCUCGAAUAUUUGCGGCGCAGAAUCGAACAAUGUUCCGAUGAAGAGAAAGAAAGACACCUAGAUAUCAUUCGUAAUACAUUCAACAAAGCAUGCGAGCAUCUGGCAAAUUUUGGCCUGGAUGGCGAUCCCAACUGUGUCAUCUUGCAAUAUUGGGCAAGGACUGAAGCGAUACACGCAAGUAACAUGGAAAAAGCUAGGACAUUAUGGGCCGAUAUUCUUUCGCAAGGACAUUCUGCAACGAUUUCCUACUGGUUGGAAUAUAUAUCGUUAGAAAAAUGCUAUGGAGAUACAAAACACUUAAGGAAAUUAUACCAGAAAGCUUUGGCUUCUGUAAAAGACUGGCCAGAAAGUGUAGUAAAUGCAUGGAUAGAUUUUGAACGUGAUGAAGGGACUUUAGAACAAAUGGAACUCUGCGAGGCAAAAACGAAGGAGAAGCUUGAUAAAGUUAAUGAAGAAAGACAGAAAGCGCAACAAGCUUUUUCUCAAGAUGAAUCGUCUAUGCAAAACAAGAAAGCUAGUAAGAGAAAGGGAGAUGAUAUCGGCAAAUGGCACAAUUUAGGAGCUUCUCCAUCGAAAAUCGUAAAAACUGAUGUGCAAACGAAACCCAAAUUACGUGAAAGCCGUUUGAAUUUUGAUGCUAAAGCAACAAACGACAGUACUCGAGAGGAGUCGAAACCAAAAGUCGCACCACCGCCUGGUUAUAAAGCGACGAAGGAUGAUGAUACGGAUGAUAAAAAUGAUCAGCAUGAAGUAAAUAAUAACGUUACAGUUUUUGUCAGCAAUUUGGAUUAUACAGCUACUGAAGACGACGUAAGAAACAUUCUGCAAUCAGUUGGACCAAUAAUAUCAAUCAGAAUGAUUAAGGAUUACAGAGGACGCAGCAAAGGAUACUGUUAUGUACAAUUAAGCAGCGCAGAAGCUGUAGAAGAAGCUUUGAAAUUAGAUAGGACACCUUUAAAAGGACGUCCUAUGUUUGUCUCAAGAUGCGAUCCUGAUAAGAGUACUAGAAGUUCUGGAUUCAAAUUUAGCUCUAUGAUUGAAAAGAAUAAACUCUUUGUUAAAGGACUGCCACUUACGACGACAAAAGAAGAACUCGAGGAAAUGUUCAAAGUUCACGGAGAAUUGAAAGAGGUUCGCUUAGUUACUUACCGCAACGGACACUCAAAGGGCUUAGCUUAUGUCGAGUAUCACGAUGAAGCGACUGCUAAGAAAGCCCUUUUGGCUACCGAUGGUACAAACAUUCAAGACAAAGUGAUCAGCGUCGCGAUAAGUCAACCACCCGAUCGUAAAAACACUCAAACGGAAGAAAGUGAGAGACAAAUCAAGUCACUGGGCGGAACGACGACGAGCCGUACGACAUUCGGUUUGCCUAAAACUUUACUAUCUAUGGUACCGCGUAAUGUUAAAACGAGUAAUAGUAACGCCAGCGCAACUUCAAAAAAUGGAGUCGCACAGUCGAUGAGUAAUCAGGAUUUCAAGAAUAUGUUUCUCAAUAAAAAAUAAGUUACUAUUAUAUACAGUCAUGUCGAAUUACUGACACCGCGACCUCGUAUUAAGGGUCCUGGGUCCAUGCCGUGGUCAUAUUAGAUUGUGACGUCAUAGGCGAGAAAGCACACGUUGAAAAUUCUUAAAUUU